AAUUUGCACUAUCACUUGAGUUAUCUCCUUGUUUUUCUUUGAAUUCGAGAAUAUUCACUCUACUUGCUUGGACACAGGUAAGUUCAUCACAAAGGCAUUUUUUCUUCUUUUAAAAGUUCUAGAUCAAUCUUGCACCAAGUUUUUUCUUAGAUGUUGAAUUUAGCAACUAGCAUUACUUUGAAGGUUUAAGAAAUAUACUAGAAUUCAUAUUUUUGCUAUUAUUUUGCUUUCUUGACAAGAAACAGAUUUUAGUUAAAUAUAAAAUCAGAGCUAAUUAAUUCUUAGCAUUUCUGUUCAUUGUAAUCUUUCUGAUUCUUAUGCUAGUUAAAUAUAAACAUGAAAGCAUACUUACUGUUAACUGUGGCCAGUGGAAUAAUGCAGAUAAAGCCUCUCAUAGGACCAACAAAGCAGAUCAUGAAAAUUGGUGUGAAAAGUUAUGACUGGCAUGAGCUUUUCCCAAAAGUACAGAAUAACGCUGGUGCAAUAAUUGCAGUAUGGGCUCCUAUAGUAGUUGUAUAUUUCAUGGACACACAGAUAUGGUAUUCUGUACAAUAUUUGGUGGACUUUAUGGUAUUUUGCAACACCUUGGUGAGGUAAGCCUUUUCUUCUAUAUAUUUCUCACUAUUAGAGUACAUUGGCAAUGUUCUUACUCUAGUGGAAUGUAUCAGAGCUUACCGCAUUAUCAUUAAGGUAAGUUUUGGUUUUUUUCGUUGAUAUGUUGCUUUAGAAGAGUGAC